AUGGGGCAACAAUCGCUGAUCUACGCCUUCGUGGCGCGAGGCACGGUGGUGAUAGCCGACUACACCGAAUUCACCGGCAACUUCACCGCCAUAGCUUCGCAAUGCCUCCAGAAACUUCCUGCUACCAACAACAAGUUCACUUACAACUGCGAUGGCCACACCUUCAACUAUCUCGUUGAUAACGGCUAUACCUACUGCGUCGUUGCUGUCGAGUCUGCUGGCCGACAGGUCCCAAUUGCCUUUCUUGAGAGAAUUAAGGAGGAUUUUACCAAGAGAUAUGGUGAAGGAAAAGCUGCAACUGCUUCUGCAAACAGCCUGAGCAAGGAGUUUGGGCCAAAAUUAAAGGAGCAUAUGAAGUAUUGCAUCGAUCAUCCGGAGGAGAUUAGUAAGAUUGCCAAAGUAAAAGCUCAAGUUUCAGAAGUAAAAGGAGUAAUGAUGGAAAACAUUGAAAAGGUUCUGGACCGUGGAGAGAAAAUUGAGAUUCUGGUAGAUAAAACGGAAAACCUUCGCUCUCAGGCACAGGAUUUCAGGCAGCAAGGAAAUCGGAUGAGGAGGAAGAUGUGGUUGCAGAACAUGAAGGUAAAGCUGAUCGUACUCGGAAUUCUGAUCGCCUUGAUUCUCAUCAUCGUGUUGUCCAUCUGUGGUGGCUUCAAAUGCUAAAGAAGUAAGGAUUCAAUUCCCACUUCAUGGAUCAGUAUUGAUGCUCGUCUAGUCACAUGUUUAUUGGUUAAACUUGUUUUUUCUUUUCUGUUGUAUAGAUCAGAAGACUCUGGCUGUAUCAUAUUACAAAUUGGAUUCGUUUAAUUGCAAUAAGUACGUUGAUGUGUGGAAAAGUAAUUGCCCAUCUUUUGAAACCC